AUGAACUAUAAAAAGAUUGUUGGAUAUGCAAAUGCUUUGAAGGAGAGUAAUGAAGGAAGUGAUAUCAUCCUCAAGGUUUCAAGAGACGCACUUGCUGAAGGCAAAAGAAGAUUCUUGAGGAUGUAUAUUUGCUUUGAUGCCUUAAAGAAGGGGUUUAAGGCAAGAAUGAGACCUUUCAUUGGCUUGGACAAGACCUUUUUGAAAGGUAAAGCCAAAGGUCAACUCUUGACUGUUGUUGCUCAAGACUCAAUGAACCACUUCUAUCAUAUUGCUUGGGCUGUUGUGGACAAAGAAACUAAAGUUACUUGGCUUUGGUUCUUGGAAUUGCUUGGCAAGUCUCUAAAUCUCAACAGUGGAGAGGGGAUCACUCUUAUGUCAGACAUGCAAAAGGGAUUAAUGGAGGUUGUCCAACAAGCUUUGCCUGCUGCCUUACAUAGGUUUUGUUGUGCAUGGAGCACAUAUUUACCGGAGUUGGAUGAUCAUUUGAAGACAAUGGCUGAAUUGUCUGAAGAAGCCAAAGAACACUUGUUGGAGUAUCCAAUUGAAAUAUGGUGCAGGUCCUUGUUUGACACAAUUUGCAAGAAUCAGAAAGUGGAAAAUAACUUGGUUGAGUCAUUCAACUCUUGGAUAGUAGAACCAAGACACAAACCUAUCAUUGGGAUGCUAGAUGAAAUAAGACUAAAGGUGAUGGAGAUGGUGAGAUCAAAUGAAGAGGAGGUGACAACUUAG